AUGUGCAAUGACAUACUAGACUGGGCACUGCUGAAGAUCGUUACGCUGGUCGACAAGGAGUGCAAUACCCCUCCCACUAUCCCGCACCCGCGCCUUCCACGCGCCCGGACACCUCCGCCCCUCUCCAGUCUCUUGGAUAUGCAGGACAGUUGCGACGACAGCGCGGACCACUGGGCCCCGCGGCACGGGCUGAUCGUGAUCAAGGUGUGGGUGCCGUCGACGGACGACAUCUGGGCGUUCCGCGUGCCCGAGGCAGAGUCGCUCGCCGCGUUUCGGGCACGGGUCGCAGAGAAGGUAGGGUUCGCAGUGCGCCUGGAGGGGAAGAACGCUCGGACGCGUGCGCGCAUGCUCAAGGAGGAGGGCACGUUCAGGACGUGGGUGAGGGGGCGCGUGAGGAGUGGGAGGAACCACCUGUUGACGGCGCAUAGGGCUUGA